AUGCAGCAACAAUGCUCGCACAGUGUUUUACUAGAAAGCCGCGAAAACGACACUUUGCGCGAGUGGGAGGCUUCGCGUACGCGACGGCUAUCCAAACUACCUUCCCAUCGAGUCGCGAGUCGAGGGCGCGAAGGCGCGGCCGACGACCGACACCGAGACGGCGGCAAAGCCCGCAAAAAGCGCCAGGAUGCCGUUGCAUGCAGCGCCGGCCUUUGCUUCACAAUCGUCUUCAUGCACAAUGCAUAG